AUGUCGCAGUUUUACCUUGAAGCUGCUGUCGGUGAGACUCACUUGAAGGAGAAAAAGAAGGAGGAGGAUGACAAGAAGGCUGCUGCUAUAACAGAAGCGGAGAACUUACCUGUUGAACCGGCUGUUCGUGAGAUCGCGAAGCAGGAAGCUGAGAAGGAUGUGAAGCGGUUCAAUCAGCAUCGUCCUGCUGCUCGUCCGAACAACCGUACUCAUCCUAAGCCACUGACAGGUAUGGCAGCUGUGCACGUAGGAGCGGACAUCACGGUAGAUCCUAUAACAAAUAAUAACAUCAUCACUUCCUCCCAUCAUCACUUCCUCCCAUCACCACUUCCUCCCAUCAUCACUUCCUCCCAUCAUCACUUCCUCCCAUCACCACUUCCUCCCAUCACCACUUCCUUCCAUCACCACUUCCUCCCAUCACCACUUCCUCCCAUCACCACUUCCUCCCAUCACCACUUCCUCCCAUCACCACUUCCUCCCAUCACCACUUCCUCCCAUCACCACUUCCUCCCAUCACCGCUUCUUCCCAUCAUCGCUUCCUCCCAUCAUCGCUUCCUCCCAUCACCACUUCCUCCCAUCAUCACUUCCUCCCAUCAUCACUUCCUCCCAUCACCACUUCCUCCCAUCAUCACUUCCUCCCAUCACCACUUCCUCCCAUCAUCACUUCCUCCCAUCAUCACUUCCUCCCAUCACCACUUCCUCCCAUCAUCACUUCCUCCCAUCAUCACUUCCUCCCAUCAUCACUUCCUCCCAUCAUCGCUUCCUCCCAUCACCACUUCCUCCCAUCAUCACUUCCUCCCAUCAUCACUUCCUCCCAUCACCACUUCCUCCCAUCAUCACUUCCUCCCAUCACCACUUCCUCCCAUCAUCACUUCCUCCCAUCAUCACUUCCUCCCAUCACCACUUCCUCCCAUCAUCACUUCCUCCCAUCAUCACUUCCUCCCAUCAUCACUUCCUCCCAUCAUCACUUCCUCCCAUCACCACUUCCUCCCAUCAUCACUUCCUCCCAUCAUCACUUCCUCCCAUCACCACUUCCUCCCAUCAUCACUUCCUCCCUGCAUCACUUCUUCCCUGCAUUCCUCCCUUCCGCCCUCCCCCCUUUUUCUAUUUCGUUAUUUCCCUCUCACCCUCUUCCUGUCUCCUCCUUUCCCUCACCCCCCCUCUUCCGAUCCCUUUCCCUCUCACAUCGUCCUAUCUUCCCCUGUCCCUUCCCCCCUGAUUCCCUCUUCCCCCUCUUUCCCCGCUUUCCCCUCCCCAUCGCUCGUAUUCUCUUUCUCUCCCUGGCUAUUGCAGUGA